AUGCCCGUGGAGCCCCUGAUCUGCGCCGACACGGCCACGCGGGUGAGCUCCGUGCUUAACCGGGACGUGAAACAGUUUGGGAAGAAGCACAUGUUCGACGCGAGCGAGGAGACGUGCUGGAACUCGGACCAGGGCCCGUGCCAGUGGGUCACCCUGGAUUUCGCCCGCACCGUCAAGGUCUCGCAGCUCCACAUCCAGUUCCAGGGGGGAUUCUCCAGCCGGCUGUGCACGCUGGAAGGCUGCAGAACAGGCGAAGAACCAGUGAAAAUAGCCGACCUGUACCCCGAGGACAUCAACGCCAUGCAGAGAUUCCAGGUGGAGGAGACGGUGCUGGAUAAGCUGAAGAUCACCUUUGAGAACAGCACUGACUUCUUCGGGAGGAUCGUGGUGUACCACCUCGGGGUGCUGGGGGAGAGGCUCUAGGGUAGUGGCGAGGGACAGCGUGGGGGGCCGCUCCCCCAUCGCCUGCGUUCCCCCAUGGGGAAAACAGGACAGCAAACCCUGCCAGGGGGGACGUGCUGCCCUCAAUUGCACCCCGAGGCGCUGAGAGGGGCCCCCCACCCCACGGGAUGGCAGUGACAGAGGGACACUGGUGCAGAGAUCCACGUGCUGGACUUCGGAGCCUUUGGUGGG